AUGGAUUUCGGAGAGACCACGGAUGGUAAAAGGUGGUUAAUGGUAGUUGAUGCAAAAUCGAAAUGGCCUGAAGUGUUGCCUAUGAGCACGAUGACCGUCGAGAAAACGAUAGAGAAAUUAAAAGAUAUUUUUAGUACGCAUGGCCUCCCGGAGCAAAUUGUGGUGGAUAAUGGGCCACAAUUCAUAGCUAAGGCAUUUGAGGAGUAUUGCAAAAGGAGAAAUAUAGAGUUGACGUUUAUUCCGCCGUACCACCAUAACUCAAACGGCGAAGCGGAAAGGUUUGUACAAACCUUUAAGAAAGCGUACUAUAAAGGUAGGAAAGCCGCAAAAGCGGUGGACACAAUAGUUAGGGAUUUAUUGUUUGAGUAUAGAGUAACGGAGCAUCCCGCGACGGGAAUGUCACCUGCGGAAAUGCUCAUGGAGUCGUGCGCUAAAGACGACCUUAGAUGUUUUCAAGACGCCGAGGAACCCGGAAGUAGCGGAUGA